CUCAUGCUUUCGAUGUGUUGUUUGAAUGAAUGCAAUGUUUUUCAAUGAAAUACCAAAUUAUAUGAUAUUUUAAUAAAAAUGUUUUCAUUUAUUUAAUUGACAUUUGAUUUGAUUGUAUUUGUUUAUAUCAAUUGGUUGUCAUUAAGAAGUUUUAACGAUGUCUCGCAUAAAAGAGAUGUCUUUGGUUAAGAUCGAGGCUUACGAUGAAUGGUUAAGCAAACUAUUGAAGCGUUUGGGUCUCAUUGAUAUCAAUUGCUUGUUUGCAUCACAAGACACAAGUGAACAGUAUUUGAUUGGUUUGGAUCCAAAAGACUGGAAAAAUCAAGACCACUACAAGAUUUUCAAUAUCACCAAACGGUUCUUUGCAACCAAUGAUGAAAUUAAGAAACAUUAUCGCAAACUUGUCCUCAAACAUCAUCCCGACAAGAGAUCGUCGGCCACUGGAAUAGCUAUUGAUUUAGACCUCGACUACUAUUCUUGUAUUACAAGAGGUUAUGAAAUAUUAGGCGAUCCCGUGAAGAGACGUUCUUAUGAUAGCAUUGAUCCGACUUUUGAUGACGAGAUACCAUCAGUUAAUGCCUAUAAUAAGUCUCAUUUUAUUCAAGUUUUUAGACCAGUUUUUAAGUUAAAUUCGAGAUGGUCAAACAAACAACCGGUUCCAGAUUUGGGAACUAUUGAUUCCGAUAUGUCUAAUGUCAACAAUUUUUAUAACUUUUGGUAUGACUUUGAUUCGUGGAGAGAGUACUCGUAUUUGGAUGAAGAAGAAAAAGAAAAGGGAGAAAAUCGUGAAGAGAGACGUUGGAUGGAGAAGCAGAACAAAGCUGCCAGAGCUCAGAGGAAAAAGGAAGAAAUGCAACGAUUAAGACAACUCGUGGAUAACGCUUAUCAAUGCGAUCCAAGAAUUAGUAAAUAUAAAGAAGAAGAAAAACAAAGGAAAUUAAAUCAAAAAUUAGCGAAACAAGAGAUAAUUAGACAAAAACAAUUAGAAGAAGAAAGAGUCAAAAAGGAAAAAGAAGAUAAAGAAAGGUUAGAGAAAUUAGAAAAAGAAAAUCAAUUGAAAGCCAAGAGAGAAGAAGAGAAGAAACAGAAGGAAGCCAUUAAAAAACAAAUCAGAAAAGAACGCAAACUAUUGGAAGCAAUGUUUGAUAAGUUUGACUAUUUUGCUGAAAACGAUGAAAAACGUGUCUUUUAUUUACAAGAAUUUGAUAAAAUGGUUAAAAUAUUUAAUUUAGAAGAAUUGCAAACAUUUAGACAAGAAUUUGAACGAUUAGAUUGUGAAGAAUCGAAGAGAAAUUUUUUCUAUAAACAAAUUGAAUCAUUGAAUUCAAAAUUGGAUUCCGAAAGAAAUGUUCUGAUUUCAGGACAAAACUCGACGAAUGGACAGUCAGCUACCGGUUCCUCAAAGAAGAACUGGAGUUAUGAUGACAUUCAGCUACUUAUAAAAGCUAUCAAAUUAUUUCCCGCCGGAACUUCUGAUCGAUACGCAGUUAUUGCUAAAUGGGUUACCGAUAAAUCAACUUCAGGUGUGACUCGCAAUCAUCGCGACGUUAUAAGCAAAGCAAAAGAACUUCAGAACACAGAUAAAUCACAAACUCUUAGAGAAGAGACUAACAAAAAUGCGUACAAAAAAUUAGAAGAAUCGCAACAAACUAAGAAAUGUGAAGAAUCGGCUCCCAGUCAGAGGUUUGAUGCUCCGCGUACUUUCGUUGAAUUGAAUGCUAAUCCGUGGAAUAAUGAAGAACAGCAGCUCUUGGAACAGGCGAUGAAAACAUAUCCUUCAUCUCUGGGAACUGAGAGAUGGGAUCUGAUCUCAAAAUGUAUACCAAACCGAUCGCGAACUGAUUGUAUCGAAAGAUAUAAAUAUUUAGUAAAAUUAGUGAAAUCCAAGAACGAAGCGAAAGCUGUUAUUCAUAAAACUAAAAAAUAAUUCAAAAAAU